AGCUGAGAGAGAGAUUUCAGAAACACCUGGCGUGCGUGACACGUGUGUUGGGCAUAUAAAUUUGAUUCGCCAGGAAGAUUCCUUGUCGUGGGGUUGAUUCUCCAGCUCCACCACUCUUUUCUCCUUAUAAUCUCGCUGCAUCACAAGUCACAACCCCACCCCUAAUUUGCAGCUUUUUCAGUCAACAUGGGUUCUUCAGCUGAAAAUUCAACCGCCGGCAUGUCGUCUUUCUCGAGAUUGGCUCCACUCGAAGCAGUACUGUUUGACAUUGAUGGAACUUUGUGCGAUUCAGAUCCUCUCCAUGUCUUGGCUUUCCAGGAAUUGCUUCCACAAAUAGGCUUCAAUGGCGGGGUACCUAUCACCGAAGAGUUUUUUAUUCAGCAUUUUGCUGGGAAGCAUAAUGAUGAUAUUGCUUCUUUCCUUUUUCCUGAUGACCAUGCAAGGGGUGUUAAAUUUAUGGAAGAUAAAGAGGCAGUGUUUAGGAGAAUCGCCAAGGAUCAUCUUAAGCCUAUAAAUGGUCUUGACAAAUUGGUGAAAUGGAUUGAAACCCGUGGUUUGAGAAGAGCUGCUGUUACUAAUGCUCCUAGGCCAAAUGCUGAUAUGAUGGUCUCUGUUCUUGGCUUAUCAGAAUUCUUUGAAUUUGUUAUUGUCGGGGAUGAGUGUGAGCAUGCUAAACCUUUCCCAGAUCCCUACUUAAAGGCCAUCGAACAACUCAAGGUGUCAAAAGAUCACACAUUCAUCUGUGAGGAUUCUGUUUCAGGAAUAACAGCCGGGGUUGCUGCUGGAAUGGCUGUUGUUGGCUUAACGACCAGAAAUCCUGAAGACUUGUUAAAGACAGCAAAACCAACCCUACUUGUUAAGGAUUAUGCAGAUCCAAAAUUGUGGGCUGCUCUGGAAGAGAUUGAUAGGAAGACAGGUGCAGCAGCAGGCAUCCCCUGAAAUAUUUUUUUAAAAAAUGCUAGUGAAUCAUAGCGAAGGCAAGAGAAACAGUAUAAGAAGCCAACUACAAACCAAAACAUAUAUUAAAUAAUUAUUACUUGGUUGUUGAUGGCAUCUAUUCGAAUAUCGUCCAUGUUGAUGGACUCAUUCCUUAGAUAUCAGACUUCUUUAUUUUUUGUAUUUUGCCCUCAUUGAGAAGGCAUGUGAACAUCAUUAAAACAUCCCAACUGCAUACUAGUGGAUGUUCUACAUAUAUUUAUACUGACAACCAUGAUUUUGCA